AUGGAAGAACACCGGAGAAAGAGCGGAAGAUGGAGAUACAUAUGGCCGCUGUGGUUAACGCUGUUGCUUCACCUCAUUGCCAUACUUCUCUUCACCACCGGUUUUCUCCUCACCAGAACCGAACUUCCUUUUUACAGCCACUGCUCCGAUGUUUCCACCUCCCCAUGCUUCCCUUCUUCUUCUUCCAAUAACGGAUCUUGCUGGACCGAACCUUCCGUUAACCGUCUUGUUAUCAUCGUUCUCGAUGCUCUCAGGUUUGAUUUCGUUGCUCCAAGUACCUUCUUUGCAGAACCAAAACCCUGGAUGGAUAGAUUGCAAGUUUUGAAAAAUAUGUCGUCUUCACGACCUUCCUCUGCCAGGAUUUUCAAAGCCAUUGCUGAUCCACCUACCACGAGUUUGCAGCGCUUGAAGGGCUUGACAACUGGUGGACUUCCAACUUUUGUAGAUGUUGGUAAUAGCUUUGGUGCACCUGCUAUUGUUGAAGAUAAUUUCAUUAAUCAGUUGUUUCAAAAUGGGAAGAAAGUUGUUAUGAUGGGGGAUGAUACAUGGACACAGUUAUUUCCUCAUCAUUUUGAAAGAUCCUAUCCAUACCCUUCUUUUAAUGUCAAAGAUCUCCAUACGGUUGAUAAUGGAUGCAUUGAACAUUUAUUUCCAUCCCUAUAUGAAGAAGAUUGGGAUGUUCUUAUUGCACAUUUUCUCGGAGUGGAUCAUGCCGGACAUAUAUUUGGUGUUGACUCCAUUCCAAUGAUAGAAAAAUUGGAGCAAUACAAUAACCAUUUAGAGAGAGUUAUUGGAGUGCUGGAAAAUCAGGCUGGACCUGGGGGCUUACAUGAAAAUACCUUGCUUGUGGUAAUGGGUGACCAUGGGCAAACCUUAAAUGGUGAUCAUGGUGGUGGGAGUGCGGAAGAGGUGGAAACAGGCUUUUUCGCCAUGAGUUUUAAGGAGCCUCUUAAUUCUGUGCCACCAGAAUUUGAUAGUUACUCUUGUCAAACAGAUCUGGAUGGAAAGAAUGUGUGUAUCAGCUCUAUGCAACAGCUUGAUUUUGCAGUAACUAUGUCAGCAUUGCUCGGCAUACCUUUUCCUUAUGGAAGCAUUGGUAGCAUCAAUCCUGAAUUAUACGCGUUAGGAGCUGGUAGUUGGAAAUUUGGUCCAUCUCAAAAGCUUCCAGAGUCAGAUGUCUGGAUGAAGAAUUAUGCUAAUGCACUUUGCAUCAAUACUUGGCAGGUGAAGAGAUAUAUAGAUGCUUACUCAGCUUCGUCAGCUGUUGGAUUUUCUCAUGAUGACUUAUCCCGAAUAGCAAGUGUUUAUGCUGAAGCAGAGAAUCAUUGGUUGCACUCCACCAAAAAGCUUCUGCUUGAUAGUGAUGGUGACAGUGAUGCAUUAAUGCCUGCACUUAAGUGGCAAAUUGAUGCAUACUUCAAAUUUCUAACAACAGUUGCUGAGUUAGCUCGCUCUAAAUGGACCGAGUUUGAUUUAAACAUGAUGGGAAGUGGCAUAGGAAUCAUGUUAAUGUCUCUUAUAUUUCAAGUUUAUGCUAUUUUAAGGGCCACUAAACAGCUUGGUGUAAAUUCUUCUUCGUCGUCUGGAAAUUCUUCAAUUAUCACUUCCUCAAGUUUUACAUUAUUUUUACUAGGAAUACGCUCAUGCAGUCUCCUUUCAAAUAGUUAUAUCUUGGAGGAAGGAAAAGUAGCAAAUUUUCUUUUGAGCACAUCUGGGAUUGUGGCAUUACGUCAGUCAGUUGUCAAGGAGAAGCUGCUAACAGAAAGCAUUGGGUUCCUUCUUUUGAGCACCCUCUGCCGAUUCGCCAUUGAAGUUGGGCUGUCCAAGCAGGCUGCAACGUCUGCUUUCAUGAAAGACUACAGUUCAUGGAUUGCCAACAUAGCAUCAAAUUUACCUGUUUGGGACUAUACAGCAAAAUUUAUACCAAUGCUGAUUUUGAUUCUGUUGGCAUUUUGGCUUUACAAGGCCACCAAUUGCAGCUUCUUUGAUUGGCCAUGGAAGUAUGUCAUACUGGGCACUAUCUUGUGUUAUAUGCUAAUAAUUGUGCAUUGGAUCACAGACAGGGAUGAAUUUGGUGUUGCACUGAUGCCUGAAAGCAUUGGAAAAAGUUAUAUUCCUAGAAUUGUUUAUGCUAUUUCUUUGGGACAAUUGUUAUUACUGGCAUAUGGUCAACUAUUUAAGCGUAACUCUUUAGAUUGCAAGACAAAAUUAGUUACAAAAACAACGGCCGUUUUGUCUGCGUGGAGUUCAACUGUCAUUCUUCUUUCCGGGAAACAAGGUCCCAUAAUUGCCUUUGCAUCCAUAGUUGGAGGUUAUUGUAUUAUGAGGUUGGAUAAUAUAGAAGUUAGCAAGGAUAGACCUGGCAGGAGUUUUUCUAUUAUGCAAUGGAGCCUUUUUGCCACAUGUGUCUUUUUUUGCAGUGGUCACUGGUGUGCGUUUGAUGGUCUCCGCUAUGGGGCUGCAUUUAUAGGGUUUGAAGAAUUUAAGCUUGUUCGCCAAGCAAUCCUUCUAGCAAUUGAUACCUUUGGUUUUUCUAUCAUCCUUCCAGUCUUCGGGCUCCCAUUUCUUGUUGCAUCGAAGUAUCAUGACAAUCUAGGAAAGCAUUUUAUUUUAACACAAUUAUCUCAAAUGUAUACAACAUAUGGGCUCAUAACAGCAGUUAUAACCACUUUCACUAUACUGUGUGUCACUAUCCAAAGGCGGCACCUGAUGGUUUGGGGCUUAUUUGCUCCGAAGUUUGUUUUUGAUGUCUUUGAACUUAUUCUUACUGAUGUGUUGAUUUGUUUGGCUUCAAUUUACUAUUUCGAUCAAGAGAAUGACAAUGAUGUUGAAGUGAAAUCAUCUGACUGCUGA